AUGUUCGGAUCAUUGCCCGCUCUGCUCCUCCUUUCCGCGACUACCGCGACUGCCGUUUCGCUCGACUGCAAGAAUGUCGUUGUUGGAGGCCAACAUUUCGAUCUCUCGGAGCUGGCCGGUCCUCGUGCUGUGCAUCUAAUUGAGGAGACACCGCCUAGCCUCUCCAAUACCACCUUUACUGUCGAUAUCUGCAAUCCGCUCAAGAGGACGAAAGGCGUCCCAAAAGAUAAUGAAUGUCAGACCGGAACAUACGUCUGCGCCAUCGAGUCCGACUACAAUCUAGCUGACAACUCCAGCACCAUCAAGCGAGUCAUUCCUAUUGCUGGCCAGUACGCUGGCUCUCACGGCAGAUUCUUGGAUCCGGAAUGGACGCGCCUGAAGAACUCACCUUCCCACGACGAUGCCAACAAGGAGGGCUUGAGGGUCGAAUUGCAUGGAGGAAAAUAUCCCUUUGAAAAGAGCAACGGUCGCCAACAGAAGGCCAUUAUCGAGUUUCAAUGCGAUCGCAAUAGAACCGGCCUUGAGGGUUCGGAGAGUGACUCGCGCGACAAGCUCGACGAGGAAGGAGAAUCUGCUUCCCUGUCCACUCUCGCCGAGUCAGACGGCAACAAGGAUGAGGACAAGGGUGAUGAAAAGAAGCCUACCGGGGAUGCUAGCUUGAAGCUUGUCAGUUACAGGUCAGAAGGAGAAGGUGACGCCGAGUUCGACGUCCUACGUCUGCAAUGGAAGACAAAAUACGCAUGCGAGGGCAUAACCGACCACAAGCCUACAUCCGGCAACAAAUCGAGCAGCCACUGGGGCUUCUUUACUUGGUUCAUCAUCAUUGCCUUCUUGGGUGUCGCAGCAUAUUUGAUCUUCGGAACUUGGCUUAACAGUAGUAAAUAUGGAUCCCAGGGUUUUGACUCUGUACCACAUGCAGACUUUUGGCGAGACCUUCCCUAUACCGUCAAGGAGUGGGGUCGCUCUCUUGUUGGUAUGGUUCAAGGACACAGCAGUCGUGGUGGAUAUAGUGCGGUUUGA